AUGCGUGAAAAAGCUAAUACUGGUCAAGAAAAGCAAGCUAAAAGAAUGACCGCACGAGCUCUAACUCUGUCAACAUUACGUAUAAGUGAUAAUGUGCGCAUGAAAAUACCAUCAGUUGAUAGAUCUCGUGUCGAUCCUUUGACAAUAUUAGGUGUGGUCGUCAAUGUAAAUCAUAAUGGUUUACACACUAUUGGUUGUCGUGGUGAUACUAUUAGCACAAAAUAUAAUCGAAAAGAUCUUGAACAUUGUGAAAUCGUUUUAAAACCAACUGCAGUAGAUAGUACGUCAUUACCACUUCGUUCAAUUGUAGCUAAUGAAUCAUUAGUUGGUGGUCAAGAACUUUUUCAUUGUAACUAUCGUCGCGGUUGUGAAACCAACAGGUGUAAAUGCAAAAAGAGCUCUGUUUCAUGUAACUCUCGUUGUCAUUCAUCAAUGCCAUGUAAAAAUAAAACAUAA